AUGGCGCAGAGCCGAAAGAGACCGUGGAGCAUGAGCGCGGCGGCGGCGGCAGUAGCAGCGGCGGAAGCAAUGGCGUCUCUCGCUGGCCGAGUCUCUUCUUCUCUUCCUAGCCCCGGCAGUUAUGGCGGCGGCGGCGGUGGCGCCGGAGGGGCCGGCGAUUUUUUCUCUCGCUCGCGGCCGUCCUUAGUGGGCCUGCGCGCGCUGGCGACCGGCUCCGCCGGGAGUAGCGAGCCCGAUCGUAGUCGAGACCGUGACCGUUCCAACGGCAGCGGCGGCGACGGCGGCGGCCGGAGUGCGGCCGCCGUCAUUGUAAGUACCCCGGUGGCCGCCUUCCAGGCGCUGCUGUCUCUGGUGCGGUGGGUGCUGACGGCGGGCAGGUCGGGCAUGAAGCGGCAGGAGCAGGCGGUGGCGACGGGGGCGGCGGCGAUGGAGAGAGGGCAGCGGAGAGACGGCCUUCAGCUGUUCCAGUGGAUGUGGCGGCCGUUCGCCGUCCUGGAAGGAGGAAGCGUCGCCAACAGAAACAGCGGCGGGCGGGCAUCGAAGUACAGGAGGCCGCAAGCGACCGGGGUCCCGAAGCAGCGGGCGAUGCUCCAGCCCCUGACGACCCAGCAGCUGCAGUCCCGGUACCCGCGGCCCCAGUCGACGGCGUACGCCCGGCCGCAGUCGACGGCGUACCCCCGGCCGAAGGUCUCCCCCCCGUCGCUCCUUAACCUCGAGGCUGACGAGCCCAUGGAGAUCCUGCCGCCCCUGAAGGAGAGGAUGGCCAUGGAGAAGGCCGACGUAGAGCGAGCGGUCACGAAGGACCCGCUGUGGAGCAAGAUCCUGGUCUGGGUGUUCGAGCGGGCGAUCACGAACCGCGCCAUGCUGGUGGAAGGGCUCGAGAUCAGCGGCGGCGCGAGGAUGAACAUCACCAACCUCGACCUCAAGGUCAUGACCCUGCUCUGGAAACGGUUCGGGUCCUUCAAGAAGCCGUUCGAGAUUGAAGGCUCGUACGUGUUGACGAGCGAAGACCUAUCAACAAGUUCAAUGGUGCGACGACUGGUGACGAACAUGAUGAACUCCACUCUUCGCAAGCUCGAGACCCUGGCGACGGAGCCGUUGCGCAAGAGUAGUAUCACGAUCACGCAAGUGUUGGCUAAGCGCAGCCGCUUGGUGAUCGAGGGGGAGAUGGCCUACGAUAGUGCGAAGGUUCCCUUCACGUAUCGAACGAGCAUCGGGGUCAAGGGAAAGGGUCACGUGGUGUACCUCAAGGACGCGGAGGUGUUUUGGGAGAAUGUCGGCGGGUCGCUGUCCCUCCCGCUCCUGCCUCUGGAGACGUUCGAUGUCGACAUGGGGGAAGGGGCGCGGAUCGAGUCCAUCCGCAUCGUGAACGGGCAGGUGGCGCUAAAGGCCAGGGUCGUGAUCUCGCCGUUCCCUCCGCUGCUUGUGGCCUCCCUGAGGAAGCGGGCGGCUUUCAGGUUCGACGUGGCGGAGAGGCUGUCGGUAACGUUCGGCAACCUCGUGCAGAACAUCAAGAUCUUUGGGCUCCAGGUCAGACCAAACCAGGCCUGAGAGAGAGAUACAUGUGAUAGGGUAUGAUAGAUACUAUCUUCUGGGGGGGGGGGGGGUCAGUUGGUCCGUCCUUGUUGUAUAAAAACUAUUGUCUUGACUCGUUGGGGAGUACGUGCGUGUGUGUUUUCGUUUCUGUUGUGGAGAGAGGAAAAAGGGCGCGCUGAGGUGGGGGUGAUGGUUGUGGAGUGUGUUGUGGGGGGUUGGUUGGCCGCUGUGAAAGCGUGGGCCGUGUGGUGGUUUGUUUGGACGGGAGGAGAGCUGUCGAGAGACGGUAUACGUCGGCGACGCAGAGGGCGGGAUUUGCUUCGAGGUUUGCUUGCAUCCCGGCUGUGGAUUGGGGCGG